AUGUUAAAAAACGAUAAAAAAAUCGAUCCAAUGAGUGAAAAAGCAUCUUUCUUCUCACGAUUUCGUACUAAAAGUGGCAAUAUAGAAACUAAUUCGAAGCCUAGUACACCUGAAACUCUCACUCGUAGUUCAUCUACAAAUUUAAAGAGAGAAUUACAAAUUGAACAACUUCUUCAAGAACCGAUUAUAGAUUUAGAAAAAAUUAGAAAUAUGGCCUGGGCUGGCAUUCCAAGUCAGCAUCGAGCCAGAAUAUGGAGAUUGUUUUUGGAUUAUGAACCAGUAAAUACUUCAUUAACAGAGCAAACAUUAAUCCAUAAACGUGGAGAUUAUUUUGAUUGUAUGGGACGUGUUUAUGGUGAAAGCCAAAGAAAUUAUUGGACAAAUGCGCAAAAAACUACAAUCAGCCAAAUUCAAAAAGAUUUACCUCGAACAAGUGUUGCAAUAUUAAGAAAUCUGCGUGUUAAAAAUUUAUUCGAGAGGGUUCUCUUUGUUUAUUCAGUUCGACAUCCAGCAUCAGGAUAUGUUCAAGGAAUGAACGAUGUUUUACAGCCUUUCUUCUUUGCAUUCCUACUACCUUUUGUUCCUGAUUGCGCCACAGCUCGCGAUCUAGCAAUGAAAGAAAAUAUUGAUGAAGUCGAUGAAAAAACUCUUCAAGAAGUCGAAGCAGAUUGUUUCUGGUGCUUCUCUAAGCUUCUUGAUGGCCUUCAAGAUCUAUAUACAAAGGACCAACCAGGUUUAUAUAAAAUGCUCGAAAGUUUGCAGAAUAUUGUUGACAGAGUCGCCCCAGAACUAUCCAAACACAUCAUGAAAGAGGAAAUUCAAUACCAGGAGUUUGCUUUCAGAUGGGUAAACUGUUUAUUGGUUAGAGAAUUUUCGAUGGAAAUUACAUUUAGAAUCUGGGAUUCUUAUUUGGCCAGACAUAACCAUGUUGCCACAACCCAUAUAUAUGUAUGUGCAGCAAUGAUGGAAUUUCUCUCUGCAAAGCUAAUUCCUUUGAAUCACAGCGAAUUUGUCAUAUUUUUGCAGUCAAUCGAUCCAGCUUCGUGGACAAAGGAUAGCAUUGAGGAAAUUUUUGCUCAGGCAUAUGUCUAUGAGGGAAUGUUUUCAAGAUCUCCUUCUCAUUUGAAGUCUGCAUCAAUGCCUUCCCUUCUUAAGUGA